AUGUCUGAAAACAUACUGUUCGAGAACAGCUUCAAGAUCACGGACGUCAACAGCGCCAAAUACGACCGGGUGUCGCGCAUCAAAGCCUACAGCGAGGGCGGGCAGGAAGUGCUCCUCACGCUCGAUGUCAACACGGAGCUGUACUCGCUCAACGUGGACGACCGCAUGACCGUCGCGCUGGCUCUCUCGCUGAACCUCGACGGGAGCAAGGACGACGGCAAGGGCUGGAGAGAAGUCGGCCGUGGGGAACAAACGCUCGCGGACGAAUUCGACUAUGUGUGCCAUGGCAAGAUUUACAGAUUCGAGGAGGGUAACGGAGAGAACAUCAAGGUCUAUGUUUCCUUCGGCGGCCUGUUGCUUUACAUGGACGGCCCGUAUGCCCUUCUCAACGCACUCCGGAUCGACUAUGUCUACUUGCUGAUCAAGAAAUAA